UUAGAGCAUAGAUCAAAAGAGGCGAUCGGUGAAUACAGUAGUGGAAAUACAUGGUCCAACCUGCGAAUAACUAUUAACGUUCGCCAGCUGGCAUCUUGUCGAAACCUUCUGCUUGUCAGUCUGUCGGUUUUUUUGAUGUGCACUCUUGGUGCACUGAUUAAUUGUCUUUCGUUCAGUAUUCAUGAUAAGGAUCCACUCUCUAAUCUCUGAGGAUCUAUCUUUCUUUAUGCAUCUCAAGCUCACCUAUGACGUGGCUUUCUCCUCUUUGGAAUGACGAUGGUUAUGUUGUCCCAAGACAGGGACGGAGACACAUCUCAUAAUAGUGCACAUGAUACUCAUUGGAAGAAAACAAUGUAUCAUCACGGAAAAGAACUUUGUUUUCUUUUAGCAAUUACAUUAACAUGCUAUGCUGCACUUCACAGUCCACCGCCAAAGGUAUCCAAUGUCCCCACACCAGUGCCUUUUUUGAGGCCAAGUACUGUUGUGGAUGAUUUCUAUACUGGUGAAUUAAAAACAGCACUAGAAAAAAUGCUUCUUUCCGAAAUGUCAUUUGUUAUGUAUUAUGCCCCCUGGGAUGCAGAAUCACAAAGAGUACGAUGGCAUUUUGAAGCUGCAGCUCGCUAUUUUCAUAAAGAGAUAUAUUUUGCUGCUAUUAAUUGUUGGCAACCAGGAAGUGAAUGCCGCCAAAACAACAAAAUCUACACAUUCCCUCUGUUAGUUUUAACACCUCAAAGAUCUGGAGGUCAACAAUAUCGUGGAGUGCGUGAAGUUUCCCACAUAAUCCGUUUUCUUAAGACUGCCCUCAGACCUGUCAGUAUAAUCCACAACCAGACUGAUUUGGCCUAUAAACUCACUGAGCAUGAUGCUGUAGUGUUGUGUAAUUUGAACUUCCGAGACUAUAAAGAUGAUGCGUCAUUAGCAUAUAAUAUUUAUUUUGAAGCAGCUCGAAAAUUUUCUGAUCAAGACCAGUUAAAUGAUAUAGCAUUCACUGUAGCUUUGAACCCAGAUGGAAGUGAAUUUGGAGAAGUGCCUGAUGCAGCACUCAUCCAAAUAUUUUUGUGGAAUGAAACAUUAACCUUUAAUACUUCUAUUGAGUCUUGGUCUUCUGAUUCCAUAACUCAGUGGAUUGUUAAAGUACUUCAACAAGCAACUGCUUGGGUCCAACCCCCUGGGGUUAAGUCUCUUACAUUGUCUUCAUACCUCAAAAGUGGACCAGUUUUGGUGUUGUUUACGCCUCGAAAUCCAUUACUUCGCCACGUGUACUACUAUAACUUGUUACGGGAAGUGGCAUUCUCCUUUUAUAACUGUGAUGACAAUGAGUGGGUAAACGAGCUAACUGAUGCUGCUCAAAUAGUAAGGCCAAGGAUUCAACAUCAUUACAGAAAACUUCUACAAUCAUGUGCAUCCUGGGCAAGAGAUAUUAAUGAACGAGCUGGUGUGACACAAGUUUUUUCAAUGAAACAUGGUCAGUUGGACUCUGCGGCUACUUAUGGCAAUAUCAGCAGAAUCUGUUUGAAUAACAAAGAGAAACCUUUGGUACCUCCUAGAGGUGGAUUUGACUAUGGUUAUUGUGGCCUUUUAGAUUAUGGAGCAGAUGUUCCAAUGCAAGAUGCAACCAUUGAGGAAGAACCUAUGUUCCGCAGGUUCUUUAAUUAUUUAGGUAUAGUCAAAAAGCAGUCACCUGUAUCACAGCGCCAUGAUUUUUCUCGCUUGCAGAAAAUCAACAGUGCUAUGUUCAAUGGGUUGACCUCACAGAUGACUGGGUUGGGUGACCAUUUGUGGUCUGAGGAACUGCAACAGUGGGUAAAAUUAGAGCGUUGUCGUCAGCUGCGUCAUGCAAGACUUCUUGACAAACCAUAUUUUCCUGUUGAAAAGGAACUGGAGGAAGGGGAUCAAGGUAUCAAAGGACUUAGAUGCUCAGGAAAUAAAACACUUUCUUUUCUUGCCUUUGACUCCCUACAACUGCACCACUUUGCUGAACGAUUAGGAGUGGACGUAUUGCACCGCAAAGACAAAAGUGCAGUCUUAAUUGUGGAUCCACAGGCUGAAACACAGUAUCUUCUCCAAGGUGAAAUUAAUAAAGUAACAUUAACAAAUUUCAUAAAAGAUUACGUAUCUGAUAAAUUGCCAAGAUGGCAUCGCACUGCUAAUACACAGCCCAGAGCACAUGAUUUUACUUUAGGGCCAACACAAACCAUACAUCUAUCUCGCUAUAAUGCUCGUAAUCCUGAUGAAUGCAAAGAAAAUGUAGUUUGUGUAGAGGAGCUGAACUUUUCUAAUUUUAAAUCAAAAGUGCUAGAAAAUAAAAAGAAUGUAGUCCUGCUUUACUACACUCCAUAUUGUGCAUUUUGUAGUGCAGUAUCUCAUGUCUUUUUGACAGUUGCUCAUACACUCAAAUCAGUGAGCACAUUGAAAUUUGCACGAAUAGAUGGAGACAACAAUGAUCUACCCUGGGAGUUUACAGUACAUCGUUUUCCUAGUAUACUUUUCUUCCCAUCACGUUUGAAGUCUGAUAGUUACAUUUUUCCUGCAAGUACUGAAAUCACUGUCCAAAACCUAGUACAAUUCAUACUUUCAAAUUUGACUCCAGAAGAAAGAGUAUGGGCCUUGUUGGUUGUGUGUGAAAAAGGAGCAAAACGUCAACCUCUGUCUUUUCAGGACCAACUGAGUGUGGAAAAAUGUAUGACCCAGGUAAAGAUAGAGGUGCUUCAAUCAGCUAGUCAACUAGUCAACAAGUAUAGAUAUCUUGUUGUUAACUUUGGAGAGGGUCCAAACAAUGAAUCAAGUCAAGCCCUAAGAAGAUCUUUGCAAAGACAACUUGCUGCACGCCUACGUUUCUUCAGGCAUGCGACAUCAACUCUCAUGUCCGUUUCAUUUCCAGCCUAUGGUCACAAUAGACUGACUGUAGUCAGGGAUACCCUGAAGCAAAUUCGUGAAGCAUUCCUACAAUUACAAGACAUUCAAAGUCAACUUGCAUCACCUAAAACAGUAGGUAUGGAAGAAAUAUUGAAGUUGAAUGUUGACUUAAAUGAUGUUAAUGAGAAACUUCGCAGUUUAAACAAUACUAUUGAAACCAACCAAAUUGGAACUGAUUCUAAUACUUCACAUUCCCAAACAAAAGAUGAGCUAUAAGAGGACUGAUGUUAAUUAUAUUGUAUUUUUAUUUAUUGUGAUAUGCUAUGAUUAAUGCUGUAAAGCUAAGUACUUAAUUUAAGCCGACCAACAACAUUUGACCUAACUUGGAUGAGAGCUGAUGGCAACUUAAUAUGGGUUCAUUUUGAUGCUCCUCUAUUUGCUUUAUCUGUAGAUUUAUUAUGAGAGCUGUUUGUGAGAUGCUCUCUAAAAUUCGUAUUGAAAAUCUAAAUUUUCAGUGUAGCUGUUACUUUAAAUCAAAACAUUUGGACUUUGUAUUUUACUCCAUGAAUGAAAAGAAAUUUGGCUAAAGAUUUCUGAAUCAAUAUGUUUUAUCGGUCUGGGUUUUUGUGCAAUCUGUAGUGUUAAAUAUUUGUUUCCUGUUUUCGUAGAUAAGAAAGUUGUUUAAUUCUUAGCUUCUAUGGGACUAAAGUGUGACACGCAUAACAUGUCAACAUGUCCUCAUUUACACGUACCUGGCAAAUGUUUGGAGUCCGUGCCUUUGUUCUUUUAAUUCUUAUAUCUGAGGAGAGAGAACUUAAUUUCAAUGAUUUUUGAGUGCCACAUUCUAUUGUGUCCAAAAGCUCAGUAAACAUGAAUGACAGCAACUUUGAGGUAUAUUUAUGGGUUCCUCUAUUGUUGCUAGAUUUUAUAUCUAGAGCAUUUUGAAAGUGCUGUGAAUGUAUUUUUGUUGUUCUUAGAGAAAUGCCCUAUUUUUAAUUGCUCUGAUCACCCUGUCAGAAUGUCAAACCAUUCUUAACUGUAUAGUUCUGUUUAAUUGAGAUGAAAUGUAAAAUAGGGUUACCAUAGAAAUGGUGGCUUCAUUUGACUAUAACUAAAAGUGAAAUACUUAAAUGACUUCUAUCUAAUCUAAAUUUGGUUGUUGUAAACAACUCAGUGAUUAUCUCUUGAAGUGUAAAUGCAU